GCGACUUGUGCGUUUCGGACGACUUCGACAACCCGACAUUUCGACAACAAAUUAUCAACACCGUCCUCCCGGAGUCUGUCGACCGAAGCCUUCGCCAUGGCCGAUAUCGAUGUUCAGGUUGCUCAAUGGAAGCUGGUUGAGGUUGGCCGCGUUGUGCUGAUCCGCAGCGGUCCUUACACCGGCAAGCUCGCUGCCAUUGUUGAGAUUGUCGACCACAAGCGUGUCUUGGUUGACGGUCCCUCCACCGAGGAGCAGAAGAUCGUUCCCCGCCACGUCCUUCCUCUCUCCCACGCCACCCUCACUCACUUCGUCAUCCCCCGUUUGCCCCGUGCUGCCGGUACUGGCCCCGUGAAGAAGCUUUGGCAGAAGGAGGAGAUCGAUGGCAAGUGGGCCAAGUCCAACUUCGCCCAGAAGACCGAGCGCGCUGAGCGCAGGAAGAACCUGUCCGACUUCGAGCGCUUCAAGGUCCUCCGCCUCCGGAAGCAGGCUCGCUACGAGGUCCAGAAGGCUCACGCUAAGCUCAGGGCGGCUGCUCCUAAGUCAUAGACGGUUCAUGAGGCUCGGUGCAUAGAGUGACAGGGUUGCCUUGGGACGGGGUUAUUUGCUGAUGGUUUAAUUUAUUUUCAGCAAAAUGGGCUGUACGCAUUAUUGACAGCAUAAAAAUGAUUCAAGAACCUUUGAUAUCCUGGCAUAGGUUAUCCUCGUACGUCAUGAAAGAUGGAGGGCGGCACGGAACGCCUUGCAAUUAGUAUAUGGCAAAUGGUAUCUCGGGGUAUUAAUGAUCUUGACAUGACCUGGUCAUCAACUUAGACAAAAACCA